AUGAGAACAACAGAUUUACUCUUCAUCACAAUCAGUCAUAGUGUCUCAUUCAUGGGUAAAACCUGGUGGAUGCUGAUGCCGCUGUUGCGUCUGCUGGUGGUGUUUCUGGCUGGCUUCACCCUCUUCAGCGAUGAACAGGAGAGAUUUAUCUGUAACACCAUCCAGCCAGGUUGCUCUAACGUCUGUUUUGAUGUGUUCGCUCCCGUGUCUGUGCUGCGUCUCUGGUUCUUCCACCUCAUUCUUCUCUGUCUUCCACAUGCUAUGUUUGCCACCUAUGUCAUGCACAAGCAGCUGGCAUACCCACGCUUUGGAGCGCUCCACUGCGAAAGGAGUCAAGGAGGUUCGCUCGAUAACUCGAGCUCCUCGAGAGAACUGUCCUUGCACAAGGCUCCACUUCAUGACUUCCCACGUGAAUGGGGAGCUCCUCGCUUCCACUGUGCCUACACCUUUGCUCUAACUCUACGAAUCCUUCUAGAAACCGUUUUCGGCGCAGCCCAAUUUUAUUUGUUUGGUUUGUCCGUUCCAAAGAGUUUCCUCUGUUACGAAGCUCCCUGCACUUCAGGGGUGGAAUGCUACAUCUCAAGACCGACUGAGAAGACCUUAAUGCUCCACUUCAUGCUGGGCGUGGCCUUGCUGUCCAUCCUGCUGAGUCUCUUAGACCUGGUGAGCACCAUGAAGGCCAUGGUGAGAUGGAGGAGGAAGCGGGAGAUGCUGGCGGACGAGAUGAGCAAAGGCGAACAAAGCAGCGUGUUUACGGCGAUGACUGUAGCUGAAGACAGUGAUGUCCUGUCCACAAGUAGAAUCAGUCCAGGUAGGAGCUCAGUAGACGCAGUCAAAGAUGAAAAACCAAACCAGCUGAUAAAAGAAAAUGGUGGACCUACCCGUAAAAUUAGUUCAUCUACCAACGAGAGGAUCCAAGAGAAAAAAGAAGCCAAAGCAGACGUGCCUCGUUCACCAACUCCCAUGAGCAAUCCAGUGCCAGCUCACUUUGUCCUCCACAGCCACCUCAGACCUCCACUGUCCCCGCGUCCAGACAGAGGACCACCACUCAACUCCAGGACACCAACACCCAUUGGUGUCGGACAGCCGGGCCUGAGCAGCCCGGUGAAAAUAAACUCCAGCCAACAUUCGGACAGCAGCGAUUCUCAGGACAAGAGGGCGUGGGUGUAG